AUGCUCCUUGCGUUGCUAAAUACGUUUCUCGAACUCCCGUUACUACUAAUUUCAGCCUCAUGUGCUGCUGUGGUAGUUGAUGUAGUUGUUGGUGGUGCUGUGGUUGUUGCUGUUUGUGAUGCUGCGGUUGUUGUUGUUGAUGGAGCUGCUGUAGUUGUUGUUGAUGUUGUUGUUGGUGUUGAUGGCGUUGUUGAGGUUGUCGUUGUUGGUGCUGCCGUGGUUGUUAAUGUUGAUGUUGUGGUUGUUGUUGUUGGUGUUGCCGUGGAUAUUGUUCCUGCUGAUGAUGUGUGCAGUCAUAUUUGGCAAUUCUAA